UGUAAUAGCAUCCCAAAAUUGAGCUUCUAUUGGAGAGAAGCAACCACCAAAUUAAAAGAUCUACCAUGGCAAACAAGUUCCAUAAGCUUCGCUCAAUAAGUUUGCCUUCUAGAUCUCAUCCUAGCACCGUUAGAGUAGAGGAGGAGCUGAGAAAGAUCAAAACUUGGGAAGGAACAUCCACAAUAUCCACAUCAAAGUCUAUUCACACAGGCCUUUCAUUGCUUGAAGAUUUGUACAUUUGCUUGGAUGAUCUUCUCAACAUGGCAUCCACCCAAAAGGUGAUUUCUCACCAUAGGGGUGACAAAUGUGUGGAAGAAGUGUUGGAUGGUUCGGUGAGAAUUUUGGAUAUAUGUGGCAUCACAAGGGACACCAUGUUGCAAAUUAAGGAAAAUGUCCAAGCCCUUCAUUCUUCUCUUCGAAGAAGAAAAGGAGACUCAUGUGUUGAAGCAAGUGUGGCCGAGUACAAGUUGUUCACAAAAACGAUGAAGAAGAAUGCCAUUAAGUUGAUCUCAUCUUUGAAGCAGAUGGAUGGCAAAUUUGGGGUGUCCCCACUUUUGGAUCUUGAUCACCACUUUGCUGCUGCGAUUAGAGUUCUUAGGGAAGUCAUUCUAAUCAACUUGUCAGUCUUCCAAUUUAUUUUGUCAUUCUUGACCGUGUCUUCAUCGAACUCAAAGACAUCCAAAUGGUCGUUGGUGGCAAAAUUGAUGCAUAAGGGGGCAAAACCAUGUGAUGGCACCAAUGAUGAGAUGCAGUGUGUGGAAGCAGCUUUGAGCUCCCUCCUAAAUGAAGGGACUAAUGAUGACAAGAUACAUGUGGCACAUGAAAGGUUGGAGGCUUUGGAGGAUGCCAUUGAAAGUUUUGAGAAUGGUUUGGAGAGUUUGUUUAGGCAUUUGAUUAAGACUAGAGCUUCCCUUUUGAACAUAAUAUCUCAGUAGAGUAUUUUCAAUAGCAUCUUUUCUCCAAUUCCUGCAAUGCAUCCAAAUUUUAGGGACCUGCCGAGGAAAAUAAUAUUUUUUUUACUGAUAAAAUAUAUAAUAUUUAAUAACAAUUUAUAGAUUUGUACAACUCAUAAGUAAUACAUUGAAGUGUAAAGAAAAUGCUCAUUUUCUAUU